AUGAUACCAAUAACAACCAGAAAACCAACGUUAGGUGACAUCUUAAACAAUGAAACUUCAUACCCUUAUUCGCUGGAUGACUUUGCUACCUUCCUCGAUCAAACUUACUGUCUAGAGAAUUUAGAAUUCUAUUUGGCUCUACGAAGAUAUACUUAUUACGCUUGUAAUUUUUACAAUUACUCUUCUUCACCCAUGUCAAAUAUCGUUGAAUCUGAUUCCUUUUUUGAGUCAACUUCCCUAUUGAGCGUCGUUGACCCUGCCUUAACUUAUUACGAUGACGAUGCAUCGCUACGCGGUGAUGCUCCCGCUCAUCUCGACUUUCUCAAACAAAAAUUACAUGAAUUAAUAACCACUUUCAUCAUACCAAACUCUCCCAAAGAGGUAAAUAUUCCCGCCGAAACAAGAGAUUACUUAUUAACAAACGUAUUUCAAUAUAAUAAUUAUCAUCCAUCAAUAUUCGAUCAAGUAAAAGAUCAAAUUUUCGAAUUAAUGGAAUCAUCUAGUUUCACUCAAUUCUUGAUUGAAGCUGGAAACGUUGAAUUAAGAAUGUCAAGUGAAAGUGAAAGUUGUCAAGAAGAUUCUGAUCAUUCCUCUUCAGUGUUGGGAGGUAAAUCCACCUCAACAAACAACAAUAACAAAUCAAAAAGUAACAAACAUAUGAGAAGAUUUAAAGAGUUGGGCACUUACGGCUUUGGACAUUGUUUAAAUGUUUAG